AUGCGAGAUCAGAAUCUCCUGUUUUACUCACAAAUUCCCUCUCAUAGCAAAGGAUAUGUCAUGCCCCACUCAAACGAUGACCUCUACUUCAUCGAAAACCAAACCCUCGCUACUAUCCAAGAAUUCCGUUCCCAUAUGUUCACGGAGGUCUAUCAACGCGCGAACCCAGCCGAGUUCAUGGAUAACGACUGGAUUGACGUUGCUAAACUUCGAAAAUUUCUUGCAACGCGUCCUGCGCGCGUAGUUGUCAAAGAGGAACCGGAUCGAAUAUCCAUAUCAAGAUCGCUUCCAAUUAAGCAGGAACCCGGUGAGGGGGUCAGUAUUGACCUCCAGUCGGAGACGAAUGGCCCACGAACCACUGUCUAUAAGAUCGGGGACCGAGAGGUCCACGAAAUUCUUGAUUCCGAAGACAAGCCCGAGUCUUCCACUGUCCAAAGAAGACGCUCACCUAGUGUCAUUUCUCUCGACAGUGACAAAGAGUUUAUCAACGACAUUAAAGAGGAGACGGGCUCUUCUCCAGCACCUUGUGCAGAAGAAGUCAACUGGGAGCCUUCUGACACCUUUUGGCCACAGGAUAUCACGUCUCAGGUUCACCCGUUGGUAUCUGCUGACUCCCCUCUUCAUGUCACCAGACAGUUGGUAGUAGAGAGAUUGGAGCAGCUCUCUGAGAUUCCUUCUGCGUGGCCAGUCCUAGACACGCCGACCGCAUACAUCUUGGACCUCUCGGACCCAAAACAUCGCUUGUAUGAACAAGACAAAGGAGGCUCUGUGCGCACGCCCGACUUUUUAUUGAAGCAAUAUGAUAACGAUUCGUGGAAGAGUUCGAGUGGAAGAGAAAGUGGAGUGGCCACCACACUCGAGCCGGGUACCGAAGCGGUGACAUGUUUUCGUGCCAGGCUCCUCUGUAAAGGCGCUUUCCGCUGCAACUACCUCUCAGAUGACCUGAUCGCUAUCGAAAGAUGUGGCGUAGAGCCUGUACACCAACCGCGAAUAGCCGAGUUACAGGCUGCAAUGCGACAAGCAGACGGUUCUACUCCUGAAAGUAGAGCUGCUAUAUAUGCAGCUGUUGUAAUGAAACCAUGCAAAGGAGUGGAUCCGACGACUAUGGUACAAUGCUCGGGUCUUCCAAAGAUCCACGAACGAACUGACACGCAUGGGGUUCGAAGCCACUUUGUCGGCUGUUCAGGCCACCGGCCUGACUUCAAGAUCGGACAUCGUACUUCGAUUAUUCCACCUGAAAUAAAUGUGGAACUCUUGCAGAAAUGCCUCAAACAUGAGCAACUUUGCGAAGGCCAAGACAAAGACUCCCCAUCGUGCGGAACAAUCAUUCCUGCUCAUGUGGGCAAAAGGAAAGAGGAAUGUCCAUUCGCCCACAUCGUGGAUGGAGAACGUGUCACUGCCCUAAUGGUUCCAAUGGACUGCCAGACACGGAUGACCAUCUACAUUCCUCAUGACAAGACUAUCAAGAAGGCGAUUGUCGUGUUUCCUGGUAACUCCGCUCACUCGCAUCCAGUUCUUCCGCUACGGAAGGCCACUCAGGAUGUCAAGGAAAUGUUUGCGAAAGCAGUGAACAAACAUGGUGUGUUAGGGGCAACUGUCUCAAAGAUUGACACAUCGCCUAUUGUAAAGCACGAGCUUAAUGGAAAAAGCCCGGCAGCCUUCCAUCCAGCCCUCUCCAGUAGUCGCCUGAAGCGUGAGCUGAUAAAGGCUGAGCAGAUUAAGGCCUAUCCAGCCGGUUUAGGCCUCACUGGGGCAUAUGAUUUGUUUCACUCCGACAAACGUCUAUCACCAGAAGAGCGAUACAUCCAUACCUUCAUUGACGAAGACGGAUACGUUUUUAUCCUCACGUGUUUCAAGGCCUUAUUGGAACUGGUUCAUCAAGUGCUGUCAAUUGAGUGUGACACUACCUUCCAACGUGUACAAGAAGUCGUUUUUCGCAAAGGCAUGAACAAUCAAGAAGAGCUGGAGAUUAAUGAAUGGGAAAUGGUGAUAUUCUACAAACCCGUUCAACGAGCACUCACAAUAAUGCGCAUAUACACGAACCGCCAUGAUACCACUUCUUAUGAGAAGCUCUUUGACGCGGUGCAGAAAAUAACGCUUGACUUGACUGGUCAACCUCUGGCUUUCAAGCGUCUACGACCAGAGGGUAAUCUACUUGCAAUGGUUGUGGAUAUGGAGAUAGCUCAGGUGAAAGGCGCCGCGGCGUCAUUCGCCAAGUCUCAGGACGUCUCCUAUAGCAAGUUGAAUGGAAAGUGUUUGCCUCCAUACUUCAUCAAGCUAUGUCAUGUUCACGCUAAAAGAGGCAUACACGACUUCAGACUUAAAAUGACAAAGAAGGACUAUCGCCACCUUGUGAACUAUAUGAAUCACAUCAAGACAAAAGAAGACCUAGAAAGGUUUCAUGUCUUUGUUCUAUCCUUCAAGAUUCCAGCUCUGACUGCUUGGUGGAAGCACAAACGGUCAAUUGAUUGGAUUAUCCCAUGCACCAUUGGCGGCCUCUCCCCCAUGGGUCCAGAUUGGGACGAAACGCCAAAUCACACCAAUGCUGGUGAGGGGCAACAUGCAUGGUCAAAAGAGAGAUCAUUCAAGCAUCAGAAAAUUGUUUCGGCAAUUCAAACAGGUCGGGAUAUAGACGCAGCAACACUCAAAGAGGUGCAGAUGGCCCGGGAAAGUGGGGUGCCGUCCAACACGCACAAUGAGCUUGUAGACCGUCAAACACGCAAUGCUACUCGUCGCAAUAAUCGGGCAACAAAAGCAAGAACAGCAGAAAAACAACAGAAUGCGACUGCUGAGCUUCAAAACGAGUUAGAUUCAGCGCAGGACGAGUUGAAGCUUGCGAAGGCAAGGAGAGAUGACCUGAAGCAGCUGCUCAGAGAUUCAAGGAUGGCGACAACCUCCUCUGGUGCUCUUCGCAAGAUCAGGAUGCCGAAGAAGAGGAAACUGCAAGAACUCUCGAGCUCAAGCGGUCGAGUAAAGAUUCGGAAACAGACAAAGAAGGCAAAGAAGGCUGCAAAGAUGCAGAUUCAAGACGAGUCUGAUGACGACGACUUCGAGCUGCUGUCACUGUCUGAUUUGUUCUGUGAGCCGCAGAAUUCAAAUAGCUUUAUGGCAGAUGAUCUAGUCGCUGAGAAACCAGCAGAUGAGAAUCUCGGGAUGGUUCAGGAUUAUCAGCCACUCCCUCAGCCUGAGGAAGUGGCUGAUUCUACCAAAUUUGUGGUCUCUGGGUCAACCAACACUACUCUCACGGCUGUCGCUGAUGCAGAAACUCAAGUCCAGGACCGGCGUACCAAGCGAAAGGAAAGAGACGUACCCGACGUUUCGACCAUCAUUCAGGGGAAUGCGAAGCGUAGCCGCAAACCAACUUCGAAGGUUGCCGAGGCAGAAACCCAGACUCUCGCCACUGCCUCUAUGAGCAAGCCGGUUUCAUUUAGAAGAAAACCUGGCUCGAGAAGAGCUUAA